AUGCACAACUUACUCCCACGAUUGUAUUCAAGCAGUGACAUUCACCAAGGAGAUCAUGAUGACCCAUCCUCACCUACACUUACCCAAUUCCAUCUAUUCCCCAGUAUUCCCACAGAACUGCGCUACAAGAUAUGGCACUUAGCCAUCCUACCCCGCGUCUUAGAACCCUCCUUAGAUUUUCCCAAUGAUGAACAAGAAGCGCAAUAUCCCCGGCGCAGACCGCCUCCAGCCCUUCUUUUCACGACUCAAGAAAGUCGUCUCAUCUGCCUCGACGAAUAUGUUGUCCAGACGUUCCGCAACAAACCUUUCUAUAUUCAUCGUUGUCUCGAUACACUCUUUCUCCCAAUCAGCAACCGAAUGUCUGAAGAUAUUUUACGCACCGAGCCCUUCUAUGGCUGGCUCCUUUCCCAAAUUUCCACUCUCGCCCUCGAAAUCUCCAUCGAUCCAGCAUUGUUGAACUCCAGACGAUCCUCAAAAUCCUUCCGUGUCUUGCCUCCUAGAGCCGCUAUCAUUCCAUCUCUCGGUGGGUAUAUGUGGAUGUAUUCUCUCACUUCCCCAUCCACAAUCCUCUACCUCACAUUUCAACUUAGCUCUGCGCGACCAAGACCUCGCUCAACGCCCCCUCCACAAUCAUCAUCUUCUCUAGAACUACCAUGCUCACCAUCGUCACCGAUUGACCAAUACUACGCAAAUAUUAACCAAUACGCAGACAGGACCAUCAUAGCAGAAUACGAAGAGGAUUGCGAGGCGACUAUGCCAUGGUCGAAGCUCCUGCCCAAGCCUAAACUUGUACCAGACCCCAUGGCCAUCACAAGAAGACAACAGAUGGCUUCGAGAUUGGAGAGCGAAAGAAUGGUUACGAAUAAUGUAAGUUAUAGGACACACAAGGUGCUCCGUGAAUGA